CUCACUGAGCCUCUCCCCACAGUUCAGCCGGAGGUGAGCAUCUUCCUGUCGGGGGAUGGGAGCCGCGUGUGGUGUUUCACCACGGGCUUCUACCCGCGCUCCAUCGAGGUGAACCUGGUGCGGGACGGCCUGGUCCUGGAUGAGAGCCGCUCCCACGGGACGCUGCCCAACCACGACGGCACCUUCCAGCAGCGCCGCUGGGCCCACGUGGAGUCCGGGGACACCGCCCCGCUCUCCUGUCGUGUGGAGCACCCGGGGCUGUCCGAGCCCCUCGAGGUCUUCCUGGUCCGCAAGUCGGGCAGCACCGUGAAGACCAUUGUCCUGGUGCUCGUUGUCCUGGUGCUGGUGGUGGCCGCUGUCGUGGGGGGAGUCCUCUACUGGAAGAAGAAACAAGCGGGGAAGAGCGGCUACAAUGCCACCAAGACCUCGGAGCGCGGGGAAAACUCAUCAAACUCCUCUGAUCCAGCCUGAGGGCCGCCGUGUGCCGUCGCCGCCGCCGGUACAGGAGCGUCGGUGGAGAGCGGGACAUGUUGGCGGGGUUUCUGCUGUUGGGGGGGGGGGGGGGUGGGGUGAACAAUGGGCG